AUGACGACGUUGCUGCCCGUCGACCGCGACGAGCCGGACAGCGCGUCAACGCCAAGCAUGUCGCCCUCGACGCUCGACCUCUUGGUCCUCACGUUCAACUGCGCCAAGAACCUCAUCAACCCGGGCGUCUUUGCUACGCAUCUGGCGUCGGCGUUUGGGCACAAUGCGCCGGGGCUGCCCGACCUCGUGGUCUUCUCCCUGCAAGAGAUUGCCCCUCUAAGCCAGGCUUUCAUCGGCGACUACUUCCUCCACCCGUACGUGGCGCGGUUCGACGAGGCCAUCAACCGAGCAGCGGCGCUUUGGCGCGAUGGCGGCGCAGACGAGCGACAACGGCCGCAAGAUGAUGUGUUAAGGACGCACACGGAGGAGGGCGUAAACACAGAUGGGCCGUACGUCCUCGUCCGGGCGCACAAUGUCGGGUACACGGCCAUCCUGCUGUUCGCAAAGGACCCCGCGCGCGUCAGGGAUCUGCAAGAGGCCGAGGUGGGCUUCGGCGCGGCGGAGAUGGGCAACAAGGGCGCCGUGGGCCUGCGAGUCCUGUACGACGCCGCCGGUAAGGAGGGCGACGAGACGCAGUCGACGGAGCUGACGUUUGUGGCGACGCACCUGGCGGCCAUGGAGUGGAACCUCCCGCGGCGGAACGCUAACUGGGCCGCCAUCAUGAGGGGCCUGACGUUUGACAACCCGGAGGCUGUGGUGGAGCGGAUGCGUAGCCGCGAGGGCACGUCGUCGGACGUGGGGGGCUCGUCCGGGGAGGACGAGGAGGAGAACGGCGAGCGACAACACCUGCUCCAUGAAGAGUACUCGCGGCGACACCGCCAGCUAUGGGACGAACAUUACCAGCUACACCUCGAGCUACAGCGCCAGCUGCACGACAUUUCCGUGUUCAAGCCCUCGUCGCACCUCUUCGUGGCGGGGGACCUCAACUACCGCAUCUCGACCGUGUCGCCGCCGCCCGACGCCGCGUUCCCGAGCCUUGACCCUGCUUCGGAGCACUACUACCCGACCUUCUUCCCGCUGGACCAGCUGACGCGCGAGCGCGAGGCGGGGCGGACCAUGCACGGCCUGACGGAGCACGAGGUGCGGUUCCCGCCCACAUACAAGUACGACAUUGAGGGCGGGCACCAUGACGGUGAUGACGGCCCCGGGCCUGACGCCGUGCCAUGGACGUUUGCACCGCACCGGUACCCCAGCUGGACGGACCGCGUGCUGUACCUGGACCUCCCGCCGUGGGUGAAAGCCGACAGAGCGGCGCCGCAGAUGCGCGUGCGCGGGUACGACGCCCUACCCGUGGUGCGCACCAGCGACCACCGUCCCGUGUUUCUGCGCGUUGACGUGCCGCUCAUCCCGCCCUCGCAGCUCGCGCCGCCUCAGACGCAGUCCCCGCUUAAGGGCGAGCUCGAUGAGGACGGGGUCGCGACGCCCACGGCGGCCCUCUUGGCGGUUGACCCGCGCAUGCGCCUGCCCGUGGAGAUUGACCCGGAGGCCUGGGAGCGGCGCAAGGCUGCCCGACAGAAGGAGAGGCUCGUCGGCUGGAGCAUGUUUCUCUGGAGCACGCGCGAGGGCGCUCUGGUACUCACGGCGUUGCUCGUCGCCAGCGUGGGCGGGUACUGGCUGUACAAGUCGUUUUGA